CACAAAACCGAAGAUGAAAACAAAGCAAUCGAAAGAAACCGCAAGUGACCGCUCAAUAAAAACAAAUCCUGCAACAGACCUUUAAAAAUACAUGUGCAAUAAACUACAAAUCCCAAGUGUUUCGACACAGUAAAAAGUAAAAUGCAUCCCUUCCGAGUUGAAAGGUUACAACGUCAUCCAUGUGUUUCUUCCACAACAAACACAACUGUAUCCUCACUAAUUAUAUUGUUUGUGCAAAAUUUAAAAAAAUGGCUGGAAAAACUGGAACAAAAGAUCUUUUGAAGAUGGAUUUAUACGGUUUACUUGGAAUCGACAGCUCUGCGACGCUCAAAGAGGUCAAGAAAGCGUAUCGACAGAAAGCCCUGACGUGCCACCCAGACAAGAACCCAGACAACCCAAAAGCCGCUGACCUGUUCCACCAGCUGUCCCAGGCUCUGGAGGUUCUGACGGAUGCUGCAGCUAGGGCUGCCUACGACCAGGUGUGUGCUGCCAAGAAGCAGGCAGAGCUGAGGAACAGGAACCUGGAUGACAAGAGGAAGAAGAUCAAGCUUGAUUUAGAGGCCAGGGAGCGACAGGCUGAGGCCCAGAGCCAGGAUGAGGUGAAGAUCACUAGAACACUUGAGGAAGAGAUAGCCCGUCUCAGGGAGGAGGGCUCCAGGCAGCUGCAGGAGGAACAGAGACUGAUCAAGGAGCAAAUCCAGAGAGAGAGACAAGGACACACACACAACACAGGCUGCACACACACGGAUUCCAAGAGCAACCAACUCUCCAAGAGCAACGUGACCCCUAAAUUAAAAUUGAAGUGGAAAUGUAAAAAGCAGGAUGACACAGAUGGGGAUUACUCUCAAGAUGUCCUCUCUGCUCUCCUCAGUAAGGUGGGUCUAUCUUCACUAAGGUGGGUCUCUCUUCAGUAAGGUGGGUCACCUCAGUAAGGUGGGUCUCUCCUCAGUAAGGUGGGUCUCUCCUCAGUACGGUGGGUCUCUCCUCAGUAAGGUGGGUCUCCCCUCAGUAAGGUGGGUCUCUCCUCAGUAAGGUGGGUCUCUCCUCAGUAAGGUGGGUCUCUCCUCAGUAAGGUGGGUCUCUCAGUAAGGUGGGUCUCUCCUCAGUAAGGUGGGUCUCCCCUCAGUAAGGUGGGUCUCUCCUCAGUAAGGUGGGUCUCUCCUCAGUAAGGUGGGUCUCUCCUCAGUAAGGUGGGUCUCUCCUCAGUAAGGUGGGUCUCUCAGUAAGGUGGGUCUCUCCUCAGUAAGGUGGGUCUCUCCUCAGUUAGGUGGGUCUCUCCUCAGUAAGGUGGGUCUCUCCUCAGUAAGGUGGGUCUCUCAGUAAGGUGGGUCUCUCCUCAGUAAGGUGGGUCUCCCCUCAGUAAGGUGGGUCUCUCCUCAGUAAGGUGGGUCUCUCCUCAGUAAGGUGGGUCUCUCAGUAAGGUGGGUCUCUCCUCAGUAAGGUGGGUCUCUCCUCAGUUAGGUGGGUCUCUCCUCAGUAAGGUGGGUCUCUCCUCAGUAAGGUGGGUCUCUCCUCAGUAAGGUGGGUCUCUCUUCAGUAAGGUGGGUCUCUCCUCAGUAAGGUGGGUCUCUCCUCAGUAAGGUGGGUCUCUCCUCAGUUAGGUGGGUCUCUCCUCAGUAAGGUGGGUCUCUCCUCAGUAAGGUGGGUCUCUCCUCAGUAAGGUGGGUCUCUCCUCAGUUAGGUGGGUCUCUCCUCAGUAAGGUGGGUCUCUCUUCAGUAAGGUGGGUCUCUCAGUAAAGUCUGUGUCUUCUCAUGGAAGCAUAACAUUAAAGACUUUCAUCCUUGAUGUCCUGUUUCAAGUGGAAAUGUUACUGGAGAAAGGUGGUGAGACAACAUGUGAGGGGUGAGACAGGCUGUGAGGGGUGAGACAGGCUGUGAGGGGUGAGACAGGCUGUGUGGGGUGAGACAGGCUGUGUGGGUUGAGACAGGCUGUGAGGGGUGAGACAGGCUGUGUGGGUUGAGACAGGCUGUGUGGGUUGAGACAGGCUGUGAGGGGUGAGACAGCAGGUCUUAUCUGUCUCUCAGACCAGCUCUCUCCAGUUCAGCAUACUCUGAGGUCUGCAUGACUUCACUGGGUUACAUGUUUCUUAUUUUGCCCUUUAAACAAGCCCCAUAAAAUGUUGCUGCAGCAACAAAUGCUAUGGGCAAUGUUGCUAUUGCCCUCUUAAACCGGUGCACGCCAUUGUUACAUCCCCCUGUUACCAGGAGGGUUUAUCAGGGCCAGGGGAGUCGUCUGAAAUGUGCUCUUCUCAUGCAAGCUGCUACCACCUUGUUCAGUUCACUGCUAGGGGGAGUCCUGGUGGGUGGAGGCUGGGUGGGGGUGAGGCAGGGUAGGGAUGAGGAGAGCGGAUGAGAAUGGUGCCGGUGCAGUGUCACUGACGUCAGGAACCCUAAAAAAAGAUGACAGCUCCUCAAUCUGUCCUCCGCACGCACUCAGGAGCAGGCACGAGCAGGCAGGGUCAAAGGAUUGUGGGAAAAUGAGUUUAGUCAGGGUUUUUUCCUAGAGAAAGAGUGAAAGAAAAAAAAACAUUCAACGAUGUCUUGGAGGGCAAGUUUGGUUGAGUGGCAGCUUGUGUGUGUGUGUGUGUGUGUGUGUGGGGGGGGGGGGGGGGUACAUCCAUAGAGUACGUGUGUGAGACUGCGUGUGUGUUUUGGACCCUCUCCCGGUUACGUGUCCUCUGAAGGGAAAAGAAGACAUUAAAAUAUUUGGAUUAGUGAAAUAGAGGUCUAGAGAGACUCUCCUUUUGUCACUCUUGGCCCACCACACUGUCCUCAAACCCACUGUAGUACUGGCUUGUCCUGUUCCCAUAGACACACAGUCUGGGAGUCCCUCCCUCCCUGCCUCCCUCCCUCUCUCCCUCCCUGCUUCCCUCCCUCCCUGCCUCCCUCCCUCUCUCCCU